GCGACCAGUGCGGCAUUACUCUGCGGGUAAGUACCAGUGCGGCGUUACUCUGCGGGUAAGUACCAGUGGGAGAAAGAGGCCGCGUUGGACACGCACAACAAACGCAAGCAUCUCGGACAGCGGUACAAGCCGCCCCCGGCCCACUACCGGAAACCGCACAAGAAGUACAAGCAAAUGCAAAACCCGACCAUGUGCGACCAGUGCGGCGUUACUCUGCGGUACGCGUCGAUGCUCCUGUACCACAAGCGCUCGCACCUCGCCGUCAAGCCGUUCGCCUGUCCGCAUUGCCCGAAGACAUUCGUCAUGCCCUAUUUGCUCAAAUGGCACAUGCGGUCACACACGGGUGAGAAGCCCCACCAGUGCCCGGAGUGUCCGCUCGCCUUCGCCCUCAAGGCAAACUUCAACCGACAUUAUGACACUGCACAUCGCGGUAUACGCGGUUUCUUCCCGUGUCCGGUGUGCGGACGCAUCUCCACGACCAAGGGCUCCAUGCAACUGCACCUGCGCGCCGUGCACGGAGACGCGGGCUGGCCCAAGCGGGACCGGAGCAAAAGGAAAACCAAGUUACUAGAAGAUAAAGAAUGA